UCUGAUUCGGCUUGCAUCCGCCACGAGUACUGAGCUGCCGCUGUAUAUUGAAUCGCCGGAGGUGAAUGUCAGAUAGCAACAAUCUGUUAUUACAACGUUAUCAUGGAUAUUAAACCCAGCAACACAGUUUAUGUGAACAAUCUUAACGAGAAAGUUAAGAAGGAAGAGUUAAAAAAGUCACUUUAUGCGAUCUUCUCACAAUUUGGGCAAAUAUUGGACAUUGUGGCUCUGAAAACACUGAAGAUGCGUGGGCAGGCUUUUGUGAUCUUCAAAGAAAUAUCGAGUGCAUCUAAUGCAAUACGCUCAAUGCAGGGUUUUCCAUUUUACGACAAACCUAUGAGAAUCGCUUAUUCCAAGAAAGAUUCAGAUAUAAUUGCAAAACUCAAAGGAACAUUUCAGGAAAGACCAAAAAAGAAAAAGAAGAAAGAAACUAAAUCCAAGGCAAAAAAAGGAGCAUCAAAUGGACCAGCAGCCGCAGCCAUGCCAGGAAUGAUGCCAAUGGUACCUGGGACGAAGCCAACUGAUGAUGGCAGAAACAAUCCACCAAAUCAUAUUUUGUUUUUGGACAAUUUGCCAGAGGAAACAGAUGAAGGAAUGCUUAAAGUUUUAUGCAACAGGUUCCCAGGAUUUAAAGAAAUACGUAUGGUUCCUGGCAGACAUGACAUUGCGUUUGUUGAAUUCGAUAAUGAAGGACAAUCUGCAUCUGCAAAAGACUCACUGGAAGGUUUCAAAAUUUCUCCAACUCACGCAAUGCAUGUCACUUUUGCUAAAAAAUGAUCUGCCAUUGUAGGUAGUGUUUUUCGUGAUUCAAAUUGAUGAUGAACCAAAAUUGUUAUGAAGUAUUUGGAAUACUGGGAGGGAGAGAAUUGAUAUUUUCUCUCCUAUCUCUUUUGUGAUCGUAAGUUGGCGAUAUUUGUUUUCAUACUCUGCACCCCAAGGCUGCAUCAUAUGCUGGCAUUGCACACUUGGAUUUUUUUUACUGAUUCUGCUAAAUAAAUGAAAAUUGAAGAUUUA